AUGAAAAAGUUCAAGUUUGCGUUCAGGGAACAAACAAAUGGAGAUCUGGAUGGUUUUAUUUGCGCCGCGGGCACUGGAGGAACUGUCACAGGUGUAUCUACACGUCUGCGUUUGAACCGGCACUUGCAGCUCGCGAAAGCAGCAGCAACCAGCAGCAGCAGCAGCAGCAGCAGCAGCAGCAGCAGCAGCAGCAGCAGCGGCGGCCAGGGACCCAUCACUAUGGAACAGAUUCUCAAUCAUCUCAACUCCACGAGAAAAGAAAAACUGGCCCUCACUGAUGUGCAAAUGCAAACAGCAGCAGACCCCAGGGGCCCCCCUGCAGACGGGCCUCUCUAUGGGGGCCCCUCGGGGGGCCCCCUGUCUGGGGGCCCCUCGCAGGGGGGCCCCCCGGGGGGCCCCCUUGCUGCGGGGGGCCCCUCUGAGGGUUUGAGGGAAAGACUUAAAAGGGUUUUAGUUGAUGGGGGCCCCGUGAUUGGUUUGGCGGAUGUUUCGGGGGCGGCUUUGUUUCGUUAUUUCACUAAGGGAGAAAUGCAAACAGAAGGAACUUCUAUUGUCGAGAACAUCGGCCAGCACCGAGUCACUGGAAACCUCGAGGGUUUCUACCCAGACUUCUCUUGCGAAAUAAAAGAUCAAGAAGUUCUGCACUGGACCCACAGAUUGCUGCAAGAAGAAGGCCUCCCCCUGGGAAUGACUUCCGGCGUGAACGUCGCGGGGGCGGUGCGGCUGGGCAAGGCGUUGGGGCCCCAGCACACCAUCGUCACAAUGCUGUGUGAUUAUGGACAUCUGUACGCACAGAAACAAUGGAACCCUCAAUUCCUGCGGUCUCUGUCGCUGCCAGAGCCCACUUGGAUGCACGAAAAACCGCCGCCCGAAAUUUUGGAGGCUCUCGAGGCCAGUUUCCUCCCAGUGGACGACAGCGAGGAAGUUAAAAAGAAAAUGAAUCAUUAA